AUGUUGACUGGAGGCUGCGAAGAAGAUUAUGAAGAUUACAUUAGAGUUGAUUCCUACAAACCCUUUAAAUUUGAUCUUUGUCUGUAUUUUCAGGUAACUGAACUGAAUGAGCCUCUCUCAAAUGAGGAUAGAAACCUGCUGUCUGUAGCCUACAAGAAUGUAGUUGGAGCUAGACGAUCUUCCUGGCGUGUCAUCAGCAGCAUAGAGCAGAAGACUAUGGCAGAUGGGAAUGAGAAGAAGCUGGAGAAGGUUAAAGCCUAUAGGGAGAAGAUAGAAAAGGAGCUUGAGACAGUCUGCAAUGAUGUUUUGGCUCUCCUUGAUAAAUACUUGAUCAAGAACUGCAAUGACUUCCAGUAUGAGAGCAAGGUCUUUUACCUGAAAAUGAAAGGGGAUUACUACCGCUAUUUGGCAGAAGUUGCUGCUGGAGAGAAGAAGAACAGUGUGGUGGAAGCCUCAGAAGCUGCCUAUAAAGAGGCUUUUGAAAUCAGCAAGGAGCACAUGCAGCCCACUCACCCAAUUAGGCUUGGGCUGGCACUCAAUUUCUCAGUGUUCUACUAUGAAAUCCAGAAUGCUCCUGAGCAGGCCUGCCUUUUAGCCAAACAAGCCUUUGAUGAUGCCAUAGCAGAGCUGGACACACUAAAUGAGGAUUCCUACAAGGACUCCACUCUCAUCAUGCAGUUACUUCGAGAUAACCUCACUCUGUGGACGAGUGAUCAGCAAGAUGAAGAAGCAGGAGAGGGCAAUAAUUAAAAAGCUUUCCUCCGAUCCCUCUUUCAUUCACUUCGCCAUCCCCAUCAUCACCGAUAUUUCCUUGCCACAGUCACACUAAAUAUCUAGUGCUAAGCAUAUCUGUAUUGUACAGCUGUUCAGAUCUGCUGUCCACUUUAUCAAGAAGCAGUUUCAGAUGAGUCUUCAUGGGCAUUGAUGGAUUGAUUGGUGUAUUGGCCCUAUCUAUCUUAGUUGCACGUGAGCAGUGCAGAAAGAUGCAUAGUAAAUGAGGCAUUUUUAGUUUGCCUGUUGAUUGGAAAAUAUGAGAAAGAAUAAUGGAAAGUGAUUGAAGAUAAUUAGAUUCCAGUUCAAUUUUUUUCCAUUUGAAAUGAGCUGACAGUUCUGUUAAAAGCAGUACAUUUUGUGCAUGCAAAGUAAAUUAGCCACCCCAAACUUUUUUCAGUCAAUGAAAACAGUUAAGCUGAUGUGAAAUGACAACCCUGGUCAUCAGUUUACAAUAAACUGUUUGAAAUGUGAGGUUUCAGUUGCAAUUUGUUUUUUUUGCCUCUGACUUAUGUGCACAGUUUCUUUCAAUGCAGUGCAUCUACCUAAGAGUUUUGAUACUUGUAACCUUUUGCAGUUGUUUUGAAGAAUCAUGAAUUUAUUUUUUGUAAACUCUUUGGCUGUUUAGUUGUCUGUGUAUUCUGACAACACGAUGUCAAUAUUAGCCCAUGUUAAGAUGGAUGACUGAUAUGCCAGACUUCUAAAUUAAAUGUUUUGGAAUUAAAUGAAUAAAAUAAAAUGCUGCUUCGGGGAUGUUAUCUCUA